AUUUAUCAACAUAUAUAGUAUUUGUAUUUAAAAGUAUAUGCUUCAUGUGUUUGCCCGGGGUCGGUGAUGUCACAGCUUGUUCAGUUUCCAGAUGUUUCCAGGCAACAUUUGCCCAGACGUUUCUGUCUCCUCAAGUAUACACCCUCUCUCCGGUCAUCCCAGAAAACCUGCUGAUAUGUCACGAGUCAUCGACACAUUGGUUGACCUUUGGGUGACAUGGCAAGUGAAGUGUGAGGUCCAGUAGACAGUUCUAUAAGUUGUUGUUCACCCUUCUUUUCCACCCCGUUGCGCUUGCGGCUACUUGCUGUGCCGACCGGAUCAAGUGUGCAGACCGAUAGAGCGCCUCGUCGCGCCCCCACAAGAGGAGGCGGAGUGACGUCAUGUCCUUCCUACAAAUGCCUUGCUCACAACUGGCAGUGCGGCAACAAGAUUCCCUCCAGGCCAUCGUGAACAAACAUGUACAAGAUCCAGCGUUGCGCGAGCUGAACUCGUCACAGACCUCCACGGAACGUGGAGUCCAGCGCUGGGAGCAGGCGCAUUUGGUCUCCGCGCUGGACGUGGUCAACGAGUACCAGCGCUCGCGGCGCGCACGGCUGUCGCGGAGGUUGGGCGACUUUGGACCAUCAUGGCAGCGGUCCUACAAAAAAGACCCCAGGACCCGCAUGUGUGAGCUGCUGAAAAGUUGGCUGCGAGCCAACGCUGCCUGCCAUUCUUUGCCGGAAGAGGAGGUGCGUUCGAUGUGCGGCCUUUGCCGGGACAUCCUGAACCAUCCCCAGCUCUUCCCAGCCCGAAAUCCUCAGAGCUUUAUGAAGAGUAUGGCAGAUGUCUAUGACCACCUCCAAUGGCAGUUGCAAGAGGUCUUGGAGAAGGACCGCAGUUGCGCGGAACUGGCCCAACGUGUACUCUCAAUGAGCAGGAACCUCAUCACGGACACCAUCACCUACUUGCUGGUGGGUCCCAGCGAUCUGAAGGACACGGAUGGUCUUCCCUCCAUGGAAGUGGUGAAGCUUUGGCAGUCCUUGCCCAACGAAGGGCAUCCCAUGCCCCAUCGGAAGGACGAAGCGCUGCAAAGGCUCAUGUCCAAGGCCUGGCAGAGCAACGUGGGGAUGAUCAUCGCGGCAUUGCUUCAAAGCCCUUGGUGCGUGCGCUUGUUUGCAGGCGCCGAUGCCGAAAGCAGCACCCGACUGCUGGCAUUGGAAGGGGCACCGGUUUUCCAGACAUCAACGCUACAAAAUCUUCUCCAAGAGGCACAGAGACACUUCGACGCGGGGAACUUCAAGGCCAGUGGCUUGGUCGGCGCCUUGCGAGAGCAGGGGCAGCUGGAGCGAGCGAAGUGGAUCCAGGCCGUGAUCAUCACCUCCGAUCUGACCUAUUUGCUCGGAGAGGUGUUGGUGCAGUUCCACCGCAUCAGCGAUGGCUUGGGUGACUUCGGGAUGAUCCGCGUCUCCACGUGGCUGCAUCCAGUGCUGGACGCCUUGGUCGAGAAGGUCCAAAGCCUGCGAGGGGUGCUGGAGUCUUUGAACCAAUCCCUUGACGCUGCUUACGUCUUGGCGCGCGCUCGAAACCAGAAGGUCCAGAAGCCCGCACCUUCAAAGAAGAUGUGCUUCCGUGCACGAGAGGCCAUCCAAAGAGCUCUCCUGGCUGGAAAAGGGAGCCAUGCUGACCAACUGCUGCAAUUGGCGGAUGAGUUGCGUGCACGUAGCGCACCGGAACGCCUCCCGCACCUGGCGAAAGGGUUGGGAGAUGCAACGUUAAGCCUGAGCGACGUGUUGGACUCCGCGGAGUUCCGCAGGCAUGUGGGGGAAAGCUUCCCCGAGCUCCCUCACCUGGGCGACAGCUUGGGCGUGCGAUCUGCAGAGGAGGUGCCAGCGAAAGCCCACUGGCUGCAAGAUGCGCCACGUGCCGUUGAGGCUCCCACACUCUUGCGGCUGGAGAAUGGACCUGCGCCUGCAAAGGACUACAGUGACGACAGGGAUCACAGCUGCACACCCACCCGCGCCAGUGAAGCGCGGAGCGGCCGCAGCGAGGAAGGCAGCUGGAGCUGUUGUAGUGGAUCGCGGACCUCGGAUCCCAGCGACCUGAAGUUCGAGGUCUAUCGCUUGCAAGCAGAAGUUCGCCACGACCGACGAGGUUUGGAACUGCGGCCUGGGCAGCUGUUGGUCUUCGAGAAGAACUCAACCAGCCAGGUGAAGUGCCGGGUGCCGCUGCCCAGUGGCAUGGACCGCAUCCACCUCACAAGCGACACUAUCUUGGAGAUGUCCUUCACAGCCGAAGAGCUCCGCACUGGGCAGGUGAAGCAAAAGGACUACAUCUUCGAAUUUGCCUCCCCAGCAGAGGCCGACAUCUUUUGUGAGGAGAUUUGGAACCAAGGCGUUCGAUGAGCUGUACAGGUUGAAAGACGUCGCUUCCUCACAUGCAGAGAAGUGAGUGCGGUUCUGAUGUGUCAUUGUACAGUUCCGUGAAGAGUCGAUGUGGGGAAAAGAGAUUUCAUCAGAGAUGG